AUGGGAAAGAUCAUCUUCUACGAGGACAGGAACUUCCAGGGUCGCUCUUAUGAGUGCACCAGCGAAUGCUCCGACCUGCAUUCCCACUUCAGCCGCUGCAACUCCAUCCGAGUGGACAGCGGCGAGUGGAUGGUCUACGAGCGGCCCGGCUACGUCGGCUACCAGUACUUCCUGAGGAAGGGCGACUACCCAGACUACCAGCGCUGGAUGGGCUUCAACGACUGUGUGCGAUCCUGCCGCAUGAUCCCGAUGCACCAGAGCUCCCACAGGAUGGUGAUCUACGAGCGCCCGGAGUUCGGAGGCCGCACGAUGGAGCUGACGGACGACUGCCCGUCCCUGAACGAACGCUUCCACUUCAGCGACAUCAACUCCUGCAACGCCAUGGACGGCAACUGGAUCUUCUACGAGCAUCCCAGCUACAGGGGACGCCAGUACCUGGUGCGCCCAGGUGAAUACAGGAGGUUCAACGAGUGGGGGAGCAGCAGUUCUCAGGUGGGGUCCAUCCGACGCAUCGCUGCGUGA